AUGUCCGCUUCGCCCCUCUACCAGAAAAGAUUGAGGAAAGAAAGGAAAGCCAGGCGGCGGCUCCAGGAUCAACUGGAACUGGAGAUGAAGAGAAGGUCACAACUAGAAGAAGCCUUAAAAGCUGCUGGAGCGCCACCUGAAGCUCUCAGGACGAAGAAGGAGACGCGAUUGCGGUUCGGAGGUGGCACGAUAAUUGAAAUUGAUCCGACGGAAGAGGUAUACGUGCCCGGAAGACGGGGCCUAGGCACAGCUCCUAAUGUCGAGGAUUAG